CCAGGACCCUACUUUGAUUAACUAAAGACACUUAUCACACAGAGUCUUCAUAGGUCAGUACUUUUAACAACCUUGUUAGUUUCAAGAAAAACCUCACAAAACUGAUAAUUGUGGGCGCAGACAAAUUCUAUACAGGUGUUUGCGUGAUUCGAGGAUGAGAAAGAGGUCUAAAGGUUCUGUGGCAGCACCUGUUAGCGAUGAUAAUGCUAGCGAUGUUAGUAGUAGUGUACGGGAGAGUGGUGAGAAUUCAAGCAAGGCCAAGAGGUCGACGUAUGUGAUAUUGGCCUUGUUUGUUCUGAUUAUACAAGGCUCGUGGGCUGUUCAUCAUUAUCAGUUUGAGGUCUUGCCUCAGCCUCUUACGGCUCAGCAGGCUGGUAAGAGGGGGUUUUCAGAGGAGGAAGCGAUGAAGCAUGUGAAGGCGUUGACUGAGUUGGGUCCUCAUCCUGUAGGUUCUGAUGUUUUGGAUCAUGCUUUGCAGUAUGUCUUGACAGCUGCUGAAAGCAUUAAGAAAAGUGCACACUGGGAGGUUGAUGUUCAAGUGGAUUUGUUCCAUGUAAAUUCUGGUGCUAAUAUUAUGGUUGGUGGCCUUUUUAAGGGGAGAACUGUUGCGUAUUCAGAUCUGACUCAUGUUGUUUUAAGGAUCUUGCCUAAGUAUGUAUCUGAAGUGGAAGAAAAUGCAAUCCUGGUCUCUUCUCACAUUGAUACAGUUUUUGCAGCGGAAGGAGCUGGAGAUUGCAGUUCAUGUGUGGCUGUGAUGUUAGAACUUGCCCGAGGAGUUUCCCAGUGGGCUCAUGGAUUCAAAAAUGCUGUUAUAUUUUUAUUUAACACCGGGGAAGAGGAGGGCUUAAAUGGUGCUCAUAGCUUUAUAACUCAGCAUCCCUGGAGCAGUACAAUUCGUAUGGCUAUUGACUUGGAAGCUAUGGGAGUUGGUGGGGCUUCUAGCAUAUUUCAGGCUGGUCCCCAUCCAUGGGCUAUCGAGAACUUUGCUAUGGUAGCGAAGUAUCCAUCUGGACAAAUUCUGGCUCAGGAUCUAUUUUCUUCUGGAGUUAUAAAGUCUGCUACAGACUUUCAAGUGUACAAAGAAGUUGCUGGUCUUUCAGGACUUGACUUUGCAUAUGUAGAUACAACUGCUGUAUAUCAUACAAAGAACGACAAAUUGAAGCUUCUAACGUCAGGCUCUCUCCAGCAUCUUGGAGAAAACAUGCUUGCUUUUUUGCAAAGAGCUGGUGCUUCCUCUUAUCUUUCUAAGAUGGAGUCAGUAGACGGAGCUGUUAACAGUGGGAAGGACUCUGCUAUAUAUUUUGACAUAUUGGGAACAUAUAUGAUCGUGUACCGUCAGCGUCUUGCCAGCAUGCUGCACAAUUCAGUUAUUUUGCAGUCACUUCUAAUAUGGGGUACAUCAGUGGUUAUUGGGGGCUAUCCUGCUGCAAUAUCUCUAGCUUUAUCUUUUUUGAGUGUACUCCUCAUGUGGAUAUGUUCAGUCAGUUUUUCUGUUCUUGUUGCCUUUGUACUACCUUUCAUUUCUACAUCACCAGUGCCUUUUAUUUCAAGUCCAUGGUUGGUAGUUGGUUUAUUUGUCUGUCCUUCUCUUUUGGGGGCAUUGGCCGGCCAACAUCUGGGUUUCAUCAUUCUUAAAUCAUAUUUGACACGUAUAAUUUCUAGAAGAAAUGUUAAUCUCUCACCCGUGCUUAAAGCUGAUUUGAUAAAAUUGGAUGCUGAAAGAUGGCUGUAUAAAGCUGGUCUGCUGCAGUGGCUUGUUCUUCUGAUGAUUGGAAAUUUCUAUAAAAUUGGAUCUUCCUAUAUAGCUCUUGUUUGGUUAGUCUCGCCGGCAUUUUCAUAUGGCUUGCUUGAAGCAACUUUAUCUCCGGCUCGCCUCCCGAAGCCACUGAAAACGAUUACCCUUUUGUUGGGCUUGUUGGUGCCAUUUUUAAUAUCUUCUGGGAUGUUUGUUCGGUUGGCUGCAACACUAAUUGGAACUGCUGUGCGAUUUGAAAGGAAUCCUGGAGGUACACCUGAGUGGCUUGGGAGUGUAAUACUCGCUGUAUAUAUUGCAGCAGUUGUAUGCCUCACAUUGGUCUACCUUCUAUCAUAUGUUCACAUAUCAGGUGCAAAAACCACAAUAUCUAUUGCAACAUGCAUUCUUUUUGGGCUCUCUGUGGCAGCAGUGUUAUCUGGUAUCGUGCCCGCUUUUACUGAAGACAUUGCGAGAACAGUAAAUGUCGUGCAUGUUGUGGACACAACUGGGAUAUAUGAGGGAAAAGAAGCAAGUUCAUACAUCUCUUUGUUUUCAUCAGCGCCUGGAAAGUUGACCAAGGAGGCAGAAAUUAUUGGUGAGGGGUUUGUUUGUGGAAGGGAUAAAAAAAUUGAUUUUGUUACAUUUUCAGUACAGUAUGGGUGUUGGACACAACAUGGUAUCGAAAGUGGGUGGAGCAAGUCAGAUAUUCCCAUUCUUCGUGUUGAAAAUGAUAACCGAGAGGAUAACAGAAUCACCGAAGUUAUCAUUGAUACAAAACUUUCCACGCGCUGGUCACUUGCAAUCAAUACAAAUGAAAUAGAAGACUUUCGUCUUCGAGAUGUUGCAGGAAAUUCUGAGUUAAUAAUGCUUGGUGAGAAAAGCAGUGUAGAUGGAUGGCAUAUUAUUCAGUUCUCAGGAGGGAAAAAUACUCCGACAAAGUUUAGCCUCACGCUUUUUUGGGCAAAAAGGAAUAUCCAUGCGGAACACAAGGAGAAGCGACAGGGUGCAGAUCAGCAUCUCCUUCUAAAAUUAAGAACGGAUCUAAACAGAAUAACACCAAUGGCGAAAACAGUUAUUUCUAAGCUCCCUCCUUGGUGUUCUUUAUUUGGGAAAUCAACAUCUCCUUUUACCUUGGCAUUUAUAAGUAGUCUUCCUGUAAAUUUUUGAACACAGGUUUUUUUUUUUUGUUACACGUGUAAUUUCUUACCGAAGUCAUUGCCCCAAGUGAUAUAUUUGUCGUUUUGAUAUUGAUGAGAUACUAGGUUGAUUACAGAAUACAGCGGAUUGUAUCUGCAGUUUAUUUAGCCCAGUGCAUUCUGCAUACUUUUUGAUCA